AUGACAUUUAGAGAUAUUCCAAGCCAUGGAUCAGUUGGCAAUACAGACAUACAUUACAAGACUCGAGACACAACUCUUUUACCGCCAAAGAGAUCAACGAGUGAUACAAAUGAAGACAUCGUUAGACCCGAUGACGGAUCAGUUGAAGACAUUAACGGUUCAGACAAUGAACAAAGAGAUGCAAAUGAGAUCUCUUAUGAAAUCGAUACCAAACCACUCAUUACUGAUCACCUGAUGUCUGGAACCGACAACAGAUGUAAUACUACUUGCGGUCAAUCUUUUGAGUCCAAUGAAGAUCUCGGGCCACACGUGCGGACACACGUGACCGACGAUCACAUCCAGACACUGAUUGCUAGAAAACCAAAGUUUCGGUUCAAUUGUUUGGCCGAAGAAUGCGAUCACAAGUUCUUCGCGAAGACAUCACUCAUUGAACACAUGAAUAAUAAACACAAAAUGCAAAACAUAUACGAAUGCGAAGAUUGCGAUGCCGUGUGUCUGACCACCGAUGAGAUCAUUGGACACCGACAUCGAGAGCAUGAGGUGAAGACACUUGUGUGCACUCGUGAGUCAUGCGAAGAAAGUUUUACCGAAGAAACAGCUCUCAAGCGACACAUUCAAGACAUUCACACAAACAGUUGUGAACAAAGUUUUGGUGCAUUUAACGGAUCCGAUGGUGUGAUCGCAGAGGGUGUCUGUGACGAUGAUAGUGAUGGCCACAUACCGUUCAAAUGUCCGGUCAUUGGCUGUGGCUUUCAAUGCGAACGUCUGAAUCAGAUGAAGACACAUAUGAGUGGACACAUCGGUAAUCAACAGGUCGUCCAAUCGAAGCCAUCGCCCCUUAGAAGCGCUCAAAAACGUGGAUCAAUGGCCACAACGCGUGGCCGACGAGCGAAUGUCAACAGUUCCAGAGGUCCACCGCUAAAGAAGUCGCAUAACAGACAGCGAAUCAAUUGCACUAUCAAUGGAUGUCGUUAUUCAUCUAUAUAUCGUUAUCUGAUGACCAAACAUAUGUAUACCGCUCACGAGUCGAGUGACUACGAUAGCGAAGAUAGUGAAGAAGAGCCGACCAAAACUGGUCGUUCACGCGGUGGCCGACCGGCCAAUGAUAAGCGUAAACCAGUUAAGUGCGAUUACAAGGGAUGCGACAAAACAUUCACGGCGUUGGAAAUGUUACGAAGACAUCAGUCGACGCACUCGACGGACAAACGAUUCAAAUGCACAGUCAAUGGCUGCGGGUAUUCGUGUCCAACUAAAUGCCUAUUUGAUGCCCAUAUGUACAGACAUCGGGGUAUUACACCUUUUAAAUGCACUCAUGGGGGCUGUGGUAAGGGUUUUACCCGCAAAUAUCACUUACAACGGCACUCAGUUAAGGUGCACGCACUGCCCCACCGCAAGGGUAGCCGUAGGGGUGGCCAACUCGCACGUGGACACCGACAUCGAGAGCAUGAGAUGAAGACAUUUGUGUGCACUCAUGAGUCCUGUGGCAAGAGUUUCGCCGAAGAAACAGCUUUCAAGCGACACAUUCAAGACAUUCACACAUCCAGUUGUGAACAAAGUUUUGGUGGAUUUAGUGGAUCCGAUGGUGUGAUCGCAGAGGAUGUCUGCGAUGAUAGUGAUGGCCACAUACCGUUCAAAUGUCCGGUCAUUGGCUGCGACUUUCAAUGCGAACGUCUGAAUCAGAUGAAGACACAUAUGAGUGGACACAUCGGUAAUCAACUGGUCGUUGAAUCGAAGCCAUCGCCAGUGAAAAGCACUCAUAAAUUGGGAUCAAUGACCGCAACGCGUGACCGACCAGCGAAUGUCAACAGUUCCAGAGGCCGGUGGCCAAAGAAGUCGCAUAACAGACAGCGAAUCAAUUGCACUGUCGAUGGAUGCGGUUAUUCGUGUAUAUAUCGGUAUCUGAUGAACGAACACAUGUUUACCGCUCACAAGUCGAGUGACAGCGAAGAUAGUGACGAAGAGUUGACCACAACUGGUGGUUCGCGCGGCGGCCGACCGGCCAUUGAUAAGCGUAAACCAAUUAAGUGCGAUUACAAGGGAUGCGACAAAACAUUUAGUAGUGACACGGCGUUCACAACGUUGCGAAGACAUCGGUUGACGCACUCGACUCAACUCACGGACAAACAAUUCAAAUGCACAGUCAAUGGCUGCGGGUAUUCAAGUUUCAAACGAUCUAAAUAUGAGGCCCAUGUGAACAGCCAUCGGGGUAUUAAACCUUUUAAAUGCACUCAUGAGGGCUGUGGUAAGGGUUUUAUCCUUAAAAAUCACUUAAAACGGCACUCAUUGAAGCAGCACUCGUAG